AUGUCGCUCCUGCCUGACGACACGCCAAGACAUCCCACGUGCCGCAGGCUGAGGGAAUAUUCUGGCUCAAUCAGACAACAACCCGAAAUCAUCACCCUCAACACGGAAUUGGCAACCUCGCCCACGAAAACGGCAAUCCGGCAUCGCUUGGGGCGACGACAAACCUCACUGGCGGGCCAUCCCGCAGCUCGUUCGACCCGCGACCCAUCUCAACGGCCGGAAAAGCCAUCCUACCGCCGCACCUGUGAAAAGAAGGCGCAUCGCGCGGCCCGUGAAUAG